CGCCUUCUCUCGGGGUUUCCGGGAGAAGGGUAUGAUUAGGCUCUCGACCUACCUCAAGCAGUACAAGGUUGGCGAUAUUGUCGACAUUAAGGUCAACGGUGCUGUCCAGAAGGGUAUGGCCCACAAGGUCUACCACGGCAAGACCGGCGUCAUCUACAACGUCACCAAGUCGGCGGUGGGCAUCAUCAUCUACAAGAAGGUCAAGCACCGGUACAUCGAGAAGCGCAUCAACGUCCGAAUCGAGCACAUCCAGCCCUCGCGGUCACGGGAGGACUUCCUCCGCCGGGUGAAGGAGAACGCCGAGUUGAAGAAGAAGGCCAAGGCCGAGGGCAAGCCGGUGCAACUCAAGAGGCAACCCCUUCAGCCCCGCGAGGCGCGGACGAUCUCGAUUGUCGACAACAAGCCGGAAACGGUGGCGCCCGUUGCCUACGAGACCACCAUUUAAGGGGAGCUUGCAGUGGGGUGCUGGAUUCGGUGUGGUCAGACAUGGCUUGCUCUUCUUUCUUGCUGCAUGAGGAUUCAUCGCGUUCUACACGGAAGGAUCUUCUGCAAGGAAUUGGUCUGGGAUGCGGGAGUGCUCAUAGGAAUCAAAAUACCAAUGGCAUGACCAACAGCGGCUCGCACCGCCUUCCCUGUUCAUCCGUCGUGGUGCACCUGUGGAAAGCAGCCUAGCGAGUCGAUGGGGAUUGGGAGCAAGGCUGCUCCAGGAGCACAGAGAGCCAUCACAGGAGCUGGUCUCGGACAGGUGUCCUAGGUUGCUCUGACCGGGAGCACUGUCGCCAAUGGUAGCAGCAGGACAGACCAAAUAUUGAUCUGGCGAGCCAUUUCAGACCAAAAUAACUUGUCCACGCGGCCUUAUUGAGGUGUGACUUGAAAAUGACCCAGGUUUGUCGAUGUGUAACCUCGCUUGGCCGUGGAGGUUUUCGA